GCCAAAUGAUCUCUUUAUGAGAGGAAUUGAUACUGUGAAGCAAGGGAAUUCUGAGCUCUUAAGGUUUAUCAGAGAAAAGAUUAUGUGGGAGGCAAUGGGUAUCAAUAACACACGUUCAAUUCAUAAAAUUGUUGAAGAUACUCUCCGGGAUGCUAGAUUUAAGCAGGCGGAUGAGAGAAAGAAUAGCAACCUUCGUUAUAAAAAAGAUGGUUCAAAAUCGAUAAAAAAGGGUGAUUAUAUGGAGUUUCCAGAAAUUGCAAAAGAGUUUAAUAUGAAGAUAGAUAUUAGACACUAUUUAGAACAAACAGUAGGAAUGUGUGUACGUUUCAUCAAUGAGGAUAAUAUGUUCCUACCACCCUCAUCAGAUAAAAUAAUGCAGAUUAAAGAUUCAGAUAUAAGAGAAAAACAGAUCGAUAAAUAUUCUCAGAAAAAGGCAAAAAACUGGCUUAUUAAAUAUAUCAAGAGUCUUCAAUAA